AUGUUUUAUCAAUUUUUCUAAUCCAAAAACAAUCCAUCACUCUCUCGUUUAAGUGCAAUUAAAACAACUGAAAGAACCUAUGAUGCAUUACAGGUAUCUGCUAAUGUCUGUAACAAUCACGAAAGAAUUGUAACAGAACCAUCCACAAACGAUUGCUACUUGUUAAAAAAAUAAACAUUUGGUUCGAGACAUCAAAAGAAUAAACUCAAUAUUCUUAUAAAUAAUAUUCAAAAUACAUUUAAAGAAGAAAUCGAGAAAAUCAAAGAAGAAGCCAAAUUAAAAUUGGUUGAUCCAUAAAUACAUAUGUAAUUAUAUGUUUUUUUGAUUCAUUUAGUUAAGAUAUUCUCUCAAAUAGCAAAGAAGACGUAGAACUUUUGAUCUACAAAUUAAAAAAGAUAUUGAUUAACAAAUCCAAACGAGCUUUUUGUGUUGACAUUAUUUAAGAAAUCAAUCAUUUCAUAACAAAAUUAAAAAAUCUAGGUAUCCAUCAUAUUCACAAUAUUCCAAGAUAUCAAAAUCCUUGUCACUCUAACACUUGCUAAAAUUGCCAAAUAUUACAAUCUCUUGUAUUACUCUAUUUCCCUUGCUAAAAAUGCCAAAAGAUUGUCAGACUCAGAAUCUCUACUCAAAUACAAACUUAAAGCAUACAGCAUUUUAUCUUAAUGUUUUCUUAAGCUAAGACUUAAAUAAGCCAAAAUCUAUAUCACCAAAUAUUUGAUGUGCAGUUGGAAACUAAAAUUAGUCAAUUCUGAAUUCAAAGGCUAUGAAUAAUUAGGGAAAUAUUAUUAUUAUGAAGGCAACAUCAGAAUGGCUUAAUUGUUCCAUGACAGAAUGCUAAAUGGCGAAUCUUUGGUAAUCCUAUCCUACUAUUCAAUCUAGAAAUUUGAUUCUUCUCUUAAAAGGCUAGCUAUUUCUAAAUUUGAGCAAGGAUCCAUUGGAAAGAGUAAGAAGGAUAAUCACAUAAUUGAUGAAAAUAAUUUAGAUAUUUCCUCAGAUGACGAACCUUUUGAAAUUAUCUUUAAUUAAGACUCAAACGAUGUUAAAAUAAAUACAAAUAAAAUAGUGGCUUCUUAUCGAAAAAAAAAUAGACUACUAAACUUUUCAAUAAGACAAUAGCCUUUAUAUAACAAAACAACUAUCAAAAAAGCUUAGCAAGAAGUCAAAAAUGCUAAUCUUUUUAUUAGGUAUAAUAAUUAAUAAUAAUGAUAGGUCUCCCAAGUAAUAGAAUGUAAAUUCGUUGUUUACAGAAUAAGGUAAUUUGGAUUUAUAAAAACUCAAAAGCUUGCCUCAUUCUCAUCUUAGAUUAGGAGAACUUAAAACUCCUGUCAUGUUAAAUCAUCUAAGUCCAAAUAGAUGUUUAGUCAAUUACCAAUCAUUAGAAUUGAAUAAGUCACCUCAGUCUAAUAGGAAGGCAGAAGAAGUUGAUCUGCUUUUUGAUGUCGGCGAUGUUCAUAAGAUGUCCAAAAUCCUUAACAAAAUAAUCACUAUUCUUACUAAAAUAGAUGAAUGGCUUUAAAUACAGAAUGAAUUAUAAUGA